AUGAGGCUAUGGGACGAAUUACGUGACAUGAUGGAGAACCCAGGUCUGGUAAGACCUUUGAAGAACACACAACUGGCUGUGCAUGCGCCACCAAUGUGGGUGCUUAUUUCACUUAUCCGAGUCGGACAAGCUCAAGAGAUUAUACCAGUUCUGUCUGUGGAGCCGAAUUUAACACAAAUACUCAGAGGAGAGAAGGUUACACUCACAUGUAGGAUUUCAGGAGGAAAUGGACCGUACUACUGGAACAAAGAUGGUGGUUAUAGUCACACAUCUGCUGAAAAUUACUACACUAUAAAUGUAGAUCAGAGUCACAAAUACAGAUGUUACGGGUCUGUUGAUGGACGGACAACAACAUGGAGUAAUGAAGUGACUCUCUCAGUGAUAGAGAGACCAAAAGCCGUUCUGACUCUGCAGCCUGAUGGACAGAUAUUCAGUGGACAGGAAGUCACUUUCACAUGUGAAAUACGAGGACAUGCAGACAAUGAGUGGAUGUACCACUGGUAUAAAGAUGGUGUCCAAAUAUUCUUCUACACUGAGAACAGUAAAUAUUCAAUCACUCCUGUAGAGUCUCUCAGCGCUAAAUACACCUGCAGUGGACGGAGAAUAAAUGACUCUCAGACCUCAGAGACCAGCAACGCUGUUACACUCACUGUGUCAGAAAAACCCAAACCGACUGUGAGAGUGAGUCCUCAGAGCUCCGUCUACACUGGAGACAGAGUUACUCUGAACUGUAAUCUGCUGUCUAAUGGAUGGACUUUUCUCUGGUACAAAGAUCGAGUCCAAGUAGCUGAAGACACCGACACACUCCAUGAUACAGUCUCUAAUGCAGGAGAAACAGUGUUUCAGUGUAAAGCACGCAGAGGAAACUACGACUCAGAGCUCAGUGAUCCAGUUACAGUUACAGUUAGAGCGCUCCCAAAACCUGUGGUGUCCAUAAAUCCUGAUGAACAGGUGUACAGAGGAGAGACUGUCACUCUCAGAUGUGACAUACAGGAUGAAGAGGACUCUGACUGGAUCUACAGCUGGUAUAAAGAUGGUUCUGGUGUCAGUAGUGAACAGGAGUACAGAAUCAGUAGUGCUGAAACAUCUCAUGCAGGUAAAUACACCUGUAGAGGAAGAGAGAGAGGAGGCUCACACUCCUCACACACCAGUGAUGCUGUUACACUGACUGUAUCAGAAAAACCUAAACCUGAACUCACACCAAGUCGUGAAGGAGCUGUACUGAAAGGAAACUACGUGACUCUGUCCUGUACACUGAAGCUGCAGUCUGCUGGAUGGAAGUUUUACUGGAUCAAACCCACACAGAGCACUGAGACUGAGACUGAAACUGAAACAGAUUACUACACUAAAACAUACAGUGCAGUUAGAGUCUCUGAUGGAGGUCAGUACAGGUGCAGAGCUGGAAGAGGAAACCCAGUCUACUACACACACUACAGUGAUGCACUCUGGGUAAAUGUUACUGAAAGUCCUAAAGCUGUGGUGACCAUAAAGCCUGAUAAACAUGUGUUCAGAGGAGAGACUGUGACUCUCAGAUGUGAAAUGCAGGGAGGAGGAGACACUGAGUGGAAAUACAGCUGGUAUAAGAAAGAUUACACACUCUACCCCACAACACAGGAGUUCAGCUUCAGCUCAGUUAUAAAUGAUGACAGUGGUAAAUACACCUGCAGAGGGAGGAGAAGCAGUGACUCUCAGAGCUCAGAGAUCAGUGAUGCUGUUGCACUCACUGUAUCAGAUGCAGCAGAGGCAGUAGUGAGUGUGUCUCCACUGCGCUGGCUGACUGAAGGAGACUCAGUGACUCUAAGCUGUGAGGUUAAACACUCCUCUACAGGCUGGACGUUCAGCUGGUACACAGAGGUUCCCUCCAGAGACAGUCAGGGUUCCCUCAGGUACAGUACAGCGCUCCUCUCAGACAGCAGCAGAGGAUCUGGAGGCUCCUACACUCUCAGUCCUGUUACUGUGAAUCACAGAGGAGUUUAUAUGUGCAGAGCAGGGAGAGGAGAACCAGUCUUUCACACACAGUUCAGCAACCUACAGCCACUGUGGAUCACUGGUGAAUCUCCUCCAGUGUCUCUGAUCAUCAAUCCCAGCAGAACUCAACACUUUACUGCUGACUCUCUCUCACUGAGCUGUGAGGACCAGAGUGACUCUACUGGAUGGACAGUGAGAGGAUACACACACAGUGAGACAGUGUCUGAUUGUUCAUCAGUUUCAGGAUCUACAUGUAACAUCAGCUCCCUCUCUACAUCACACACUGGAGUUUACUGGUGUCAGUCUGAAUCUGGAGGACGCAGUAAUCCUGUCAACAUCACACUGCACAAUGGUCAUGUGAUCCUGGACAGUCCUGUCCAUCCUGUGACUGAGGGAAAUCCUCUGACUUUACAUUGUUUAUCUCGCAACUCAAAGACUUCAGCUUCUGGUGUUGAUUUCUAUAAAGAUGGUUCAGUCCUGCAGAAGAAGACUACAGGAGAGAUGACCAUCAGUACUGUCUCAAAGUCAGAUGAAGGUUUCUACCACUGUAAACACCCAGAGAGAGGAGAGUCACCGAAAAGCUGGGUUUCAGUCAGAGUUCUAUCAGAUGGAAAAGCUCCACUGUCGGUACUGAAGCUCCUCAGCAGUGCAGUAGCGGCCUCUCCGUAUGUGCUGGUGACCAUCAUUCUGGCAGUGAAGUGUUACAGAGCUCGAACUGACCCUGACGAGGACAACAGACCGUACAGAGUGAUAGAAGCUGAAGCAUCUGUCUGAGUCUCAGGUUUUCACAUUAUUUUUUAUCAUCUAGCUUUUAUAUAACAGCAGCUCCGAGUGCAACAGAGAACACUGCAUUCAGCCCAUGGAGCUGUAACGUGAUGAAUGAACGACUCUGACCCGAACACUCGAGAGCUGAACUAAUCAUUUCUGUUUCCAGGGAACAGACGUGAGAAAUGUGACGUUACAAAAGAAAGAACGACUCGGAUCGGGAGGUGAGGUGAACUAACAGACUGUAUAGCCUGAAGACCUAAUGCUAAGCUAUUAAUUAAUCAUUUCUGUUGCUCAUAAUUUGGCCUUGGCUGCAAUAGCCUAUAUUUUAUUUUUUAUUCCAAAUGUGAUCGUUUGUGCAAGUACUAGAUGUGUUGGUGAAUUUAACAUGUAACAUUUUAAUUAUAUUCUGCUGAAAUGAAAGAAAUGACUUGAAAAAAGAUUUGUUCAUUUUGCUGAAGGAGAUUCAAAGAUCCGAGUCAGUAAAAUGGUCCGAACUUCCCAUCACUACUGCUCACUGCAGAGCCAAAUAGAUGGAGCUGGACAUCUAGCUCCACCUCUCUUGAUCUAGUCUAGAUCUCUAUGGAUGUAGUGAAGCACCGCUCAUUUCUCCACCUACUGGCUGUUAACGUUAUCAAGCCCUUCAUUAGAUCAAACUUACCUAAUGGGGAAAAAAUGUUGAUUGUUAAUGCACGAAGGUUAGGUCAAAGUAACCAUGAGACUUGCAUGGAACUGGAGAUGCUGUCAUAGCUAAUAUUGCCUUACCUUUCUUUAACAUUUUUCAUGAUUUCAUGAUUUUUCUGCACUGUUUCUAUGACAAACUGCAUGACUAGACUACCUUCUUUUUUCCCCACUGUAUUAAGGCUAUGUAAGCUAUUUGUGAAUUUCCUAAGUCAUAUGUGAUUCAUUAAUGUAAUAAAGUGUGCUCCUAAUAUGCUCUUUGCUUUUAAACAUGGGAACUGAGUUACCCUUGCAGGUGUGAUAAAUAAAUAAAUAAAUAAAAUGAUCACCUAUCUGCUUGUCAUCUCUUUUGUUGCUUUUAAAUGUACACUUAGGGUCUCCCCCUCAUGAAAGAAAAAUGAAUGCAUGUACAACAAGAGUAUCAUUGUGAAUAUAAUUUAGAUGGAAAUAUGUGAAUAUAAUGUUGGAUGGACUCAGUCCACAUGUGAUUGUCUUCAUCAAAUGGUAAUAAGUGUCACGAAUCGUGACGGAGCAGAGAUAGGACGGAUGCAAGUGCAGGAUGAACAGUUGUUUAUUUGAAAGAGAGACAGGCAGACAAAUCCAAAACGUAAUCCACAAACAUGCAAGAGGUCAGGCGAUUGGCAAACAGGCAUACACGGG